CUCCGCAUCAAAACCAGGAAAAAGAAAGUUUUCAAUCUGCUUCCCAAACCCAACAAUGGCGAAACUUCUGAUACUCAUUCUGUCAUCGCUUUUAUUACUGCUAUGCUGUUCCGCGACGUCGACGCUCCCGGUGGUGAGGAGAGCGGAGAGGAAGCAGCUGAUGGUGACAGAGUACGGCGAGAUCUCUUCCGUCGACGUCCGCACCGCCGCCGCCCCAACCAAAGGGCCGUACCACGUGGAGUUCAUCACACUGGACCCAAACUCGCUGUUCCUCCCCGUCUUGCUCCACGCCGACAUGGUCUUCUACGUCCACAGUGGCAGCGGGAAGCUGAGUUGGACGGGAGACGGCGAGGACGAAGUGAAGAGGGUCGAUUUGAAGAGGGGAGAUGUCUACAGGCUGGAGCCCGGCUCUGUUUUCUUCUUGCAGAGUGAUUUGGAGAACGAGCGGCAGAAGCUCCGGAUUCAUGCCAUCUUCUCCACUACCGAUGAAGACAUUUGGGAGCCAUGGAUUGGAGCCUACUCCAGCAUUUCCGAUCUCGUCCUGGGAUUCAACGCCAAGCUUCUCCAAUCCUCCUUUGGGGUUACUGAGGGCGUGAUCGAGGAGAUAACCAGCACGCCGAAGCCGCCGGGGAUUGUUCACGCACCGGCUUCAGAGUCUUCAGAAGAGAAGGAGAAGAAGAAAAAGAAAUCAGUGUUCUACGAAUUGGAGAACCGCUUCCUUAAGGUCAUGGCGGGAGAAGAAGCAGGAUUGAUCAAUCUCAAAAAGAGCAAGAAAUCCAAGACCUUCAACAUUCUGGAAGCCGACCCUGAUUUCCACAACUGCAAUGGGUGGAGCCUGACGGUUGAUAAGGGCAAUUACAAGACCCUCAAAGGUUCCAACAUGGGUGUUUUCAUGGUUAACCUGACCAAGGGGGCAAUGAUGGGGCCGCACUGGAAUCCGAUGGCGACAGAGAUCGCGGUAGUCCUUGAAGGGGAAGGAAUGGUGAGAAUCAUUUGUGCUUCAAAUUCGACAGGGUGCAAGAACGAAAGGUUCAUCGUUCGUGAGGGAGACGUGUUUGUGGUGCCACGGUUCCACCCCAUGGCGCAAAUGUCGUUCAACAAUGGGUCCUUUGUGUUCAUGGGGUUCAGUACCACGUCGAAGAAGAACCAUCCGCAGUUUCUUGUGGGGAAGAGCUCGGUUUUCCAGACCCUGGAUAGGGAGGUGCUCGCGUUGGCUUUCAACGCAAGCAACACGACGAUCGAUCAGCUGCUGCUGGCCUCUCAGGAGGAUGCCAUCAUAUUGGAGUGUGUUUCCUGUGCCGAGGAGGAGUUCAGGUUGAUGGUGGAGGAGAUUGAGAGGGAAAGGGAGAGGGAGGAAGAAGAGAGGAAGCGGGAAGAGGAAGAGGAGAGGAGGAAAAGAGAGGAAGAAGAAGAAGAGGAACGCAAGCGACAGGAGGAAGAGGAACGAAAGAGGCAAGAGGAAGAAGAGGAACGAAAGAGGCAAGAGGAAGAAGAACGGAAGCGACGAGAAGAAGAGGAGGAACGAAAGAGGCAAGAAGAAGAGGAGAGGAGGGAGAGAGAGGAAGAAGCGAGGAGGCAAAAGGAGGAAGAGGCUAGGAAGGAGCAAGAACAGGCUAGAAAGGAAGAAGAAGAGAGGAAGAGAAGGAGGGAAGAAGCUGAAGAGGAAGCACAACAAAAGCGCGAAGAGGAGGAAGAAAGGAGACAGCAAGAAGAGGCAAGGAAGGAGGAAGAAGAGAGAGAAAGGCAGAGAAGAGAGGAAGAAGAAGCAGCCAGGGAGAAAGAGGAAGAGGAAGAAAGGCAGAGAAGAGAAGAAGCGGCAAGGGAGAAGGAAGAAGAGGAGGCUACGAGGGAGCAAGAAGAAGCUAGGAGGCAGGAAGAAGAGAGGCAGAGAAGGAGGGAGGAAGAAGAAGCAGCAGCAGCCAGGGAGAGAAGAGAAGAAGCGGCAAAGGAGGAGGAAGAAGGUGGCGGUGGUGGUGGAGGGAGAAGAUCAUUCAGAGAGUUGCCUUUGAAGCUAUGAAUGUGAAAUUGUGAAGGCCACCAGCAAGCAACCGCCAAAAGCAUGUUGAUCCACUUUCUCAAGGACAUGGCAACCGGCUAGCAGUAGGAUUUGGCUCUCUUUUUCUGCAAGCAUAAUCUUAUGGCAGUUUCAAAAUAACGGCUUUUACUGUAUGUGUAUUCAUGUAGUAGAGUUUCAGUUUUGUUUCUGUGUGUUGUUUCUAUCAGUUCUGUAUCAAUGUUGUGAUCC